UCAAUCAGCUGUUCGUUAAGAGCAGCUGGCCAGCUGCAGUUUUUUCAAAGUGUCAAAUUCUCACUUGGUUAAAUUUUUAGGUUAGAAUUAAGUCAGUUUAAUAAUAAAUACUUUAUUACUUUGUCUAGUGGUUGAUUUUGAUUCUUCAUUAUAUUAUAAUUGUUUUUAAAUGUUAUAUAGUAGACAAAGUAAGAAAUAACAGGAUUUUCUUGAGAUAUAUUUUGGAAUCUUUGCUUUCUUAAAUUUGUUGAAAGUUUUUUUACAUUGAAAAACAGUAACAAUGAUGUUUACUAAUUAAUAUACUUUUACUUAUUAUAUAAGUAUUCAAUAUACCAAGUAAUGGCUGGAUUUGUUGGCGUUCAUCUGGGUGCAGGAAGUCACUCAUUGAAUUUGCAAGACAAGAAGGAGCUGCUUUGUAAAAAAGCAUGCAAAAAGGUGAAAAAAAUAAUCAUUGAUUUUCUGCACUUCAUGCACAUUAUCAAUCUUAGCAUGCAUAUUCAUAACAGCUCCUGAUUCAACAUGCACAUCUUCGUCACUUUUAUUUUGAAAAUGAGGAAUCGAGAUUCUGAUGAAUGACGGCUCAUCACUGGACGCAGUAGCUGCUGUUACUGAGAUUCUGGAGAAUUCGGCUCUGACAAAUGCCGGAUACGGCUCUAACCUGACAUGGGACGGGCGGGUGGAGUGUGACGCCAGUGUGAUGGAUGGCAGCAAUUUGCAGUUUGGAGCAUGCGCCGCUGUCUCCAAAGUCAAGAACCCUGUCCUGUUGGCUCAGACGCUCUGCAAAAAACAGCUCGAGCCGCUGUCUCUAGGAAGAAUGCAGCCUUGUCUGUUGGUAGGAUCAGGUGCUAGUGAAUGGGCUUCCAACAAUGGUCUUCCUCUUGUCGAUGAAGAUUGUUUAAUAUCAGAGCGUGCUCUCAAACAGCAUAAUCUCUACAAGAAACGUAUCGAAAAAUACAAUAUCAAAUUAUCACAGGGAAAUGUGCGAAUGGACACAGUCGGCUCAAUUUGUAUGGAUAAGUCUGGUCAUAUAGCUGCUUCAAGCUCCAGUGGGGGAAUCGUUCUCAAGCCACCGGGCCGAGUUGGUCAAGCAGCAAUAUUUGGAGGAGGGUGCUGGGCUGAAGAUGGCCACAGAGAAAAUGGAAUUCCGGGCGUGGCUGUUUCGACCUCGGGAUGCGGAGAGCACAUCAUCAAAACGUUCCUAGCCAAAGAGGCUGCCAGAUCACUGCAAACCUCCAAUUGUCCCACAGCCGCCAUCUACAAAACAAUCAAUGAUUGCUUCCUCAAGUCACCUUUCCUCCAAGACGUUAAAGACAAGUUAUGUGGAGUGAUUGCUCUCCAGGAUCGGAUGGAGGGCGCAGGUGUGGAGUUCCUGUGGGCGCAUACAACCCAGUCGAUAUGUGUUGGUUAUAUGAGUACGAAUCACUCAAAACCUCAAACGCGGAUAUCUCGCUUGGCAUCUGGUCGAACACCUGGAUCCUCAAUUGUCGUCGAAGGAGUUUAUUGUUGAAUACUUGUAUAGAAAUCAAUCAAUUUUGAUAUAUUUACUCAUUUUCAGUGGAUUGUGUACUGAAACUUGAUUCAUUUUUUUUUUUUUUGUUCAUAGUAGGUCUAUUACUCAAUGUUGACAAUAGUGUAUUCUCCACUAUGCUUUGGUAAUUAGUAUUAAGAUUUAUUGUCUAUUUUUCAUAAUUUAUUAUGAAUUGAUAUUGUUAAUGUAAAGUUUAGAACUCAAGACUUAAGAAUUGCAUGACCUUGCUAUAUAUUUAGAAAUACGUCUUACGUAUUAUUGAUGAUCCUGUCGAAUCCAACUCUUGUGUGUUUCAUAACAAAAAUAUGACUAUAGAAAUUAUUAUAUAAACAGUAUUCUGUUUUCAAUAGAAAAACACUCAUUUUUAGUGUUUAAACAUCAGAAACAGGUGUUGUUUCUAUGAUUAUACUAGUCGAAUAAUAUAAAAUAUUGUUGAUUAAUUUAUUUAUUCAUCUAUCUAUCAAUGAAUCUUCCAAUUGAUUAAUUCAUUGAUAUCUAUUAUAAAUCCUAGUAAGAGGUGAAGGAAAUUAAAUUAUCAUACCUAUUAUAAAAGACGACUGUUUUAAAAAUCGUUAUUGCCAAAAAAAACAUUGAAUCUGUGAAUUAUCUUAUCAAACUACUAUUUGAAAAAUAGUAGAAAGGAAAGAAAUAAUUCAUCAAAAUAACAGUAAUUUCGAAAUGAUUUCUUGUUGUCAGAAUUAGUCAUCUAUUAUUAUUAUUAUUAUUAAAAUAUUUGUUAUUUUUUGAACGUCUAGCUCCAUAAGAUAUUAUAAUUAUGUAAAGUGUAAAUAGGUUCUGUGUAAAAAUGUAACAAGUAACUGAUUUAAUUACAUUGUAAAUAAGUUUCAGCAACAGUGUUUUAAGAGAAAAACAGUGGAUUGUACAGUGAUACACAGGCGCAAUAAUGACCUGUGAACUCGAGUUGCCUCUUGAUAGACCUGAACAUAACUGUGUUUGAAACAGUUAACAUUUGAAGUUGAUAGUAUUAUCCAUCUAAAUAUUCGGGCUACAUUUGUUAGAGCUAUCGAAUUCCAGUAAUAUUAAUAUUGAAGAUAACCAAUUUAAUAUUGCUUAGUCAUUCACGUAAAAAUUUAUAUUUUUCUAAUAAUAAAAAUUUGUAAUUUGCGA